AGGAGAGGCCACAGUCAUUCGUUGUUAUUGUCAAUCCCGGUGAGAAUCUCAGUUUCAGGGCUUUCGUUCACCUUCGUGAUAACUAUUUGGUAGUCAGAUCGGAUUUUCUUCUUGCCUUCAAAUAAGAAUGCCAGUUCAAAACAACAUGCCACCGCCAGCGGGUUACGGACUGGGGAACGCCAUCUGUGCGGUUUGUCAAGAGAGUUUUGGGGUUGACGAGCGAAUGGUAAAUUCCAAUGGUCAAAUUCUACACGAACGCUGUUUUGUGUAAGUCAUUAAUUUCUGUGAAGUUAAGAUAAAUAAUUAAUUGACACUGUUGCCUUUGUGAAAUUUCUCUUAUUUUCUCGAAAGAUGACGUGAUACUUACAACAGACAAUUUUAAUCCACGGGCGUCUGCCUGACCUAGAGAGAUAACUGCUUCAAUUUAAUCGAAUUCAGUUUUUAGUUCCGAAAUCUCUUUUAUAGAUAAGGUUUGACUUUCAAGCCAUUUUAGUGUUAAUGACCCUUAAUUUUUCGGAGAGAAAUUUUGUAAAUCAGUAUAAAUCAUUUUCUCGAACUAGUUUGUGUUAGAUUUGUUGGUUCAUUUAGUCUGAAGGCUGCCUUAAAAAAUUACAGGAAUUUACCCCACCUUUAUUCGCGAUCGGAAGUCAUGUCUGCCCAAAAAUUAGGUGUGAAUUCAAGGGGAAGGAAAUUAAAAAUUGCCGGGUUGAAUACUCAAUCAGUGUUACCUCAUUUGUUGUACAAUAAUUCUAAUCUCAGUGGGUAUUCAGUUUGGUGUUUGACAUUAAUUCUACACAGUCGAGUAAUCACUCUGAAAUUCUAAAAACUACCUUUUCUUGAAUACAUUUGAAUGUUUUUGUUGUUGUUGUUGUUGUUGUUGUUGUCAUUUUUUAGGCCAGGUAAAUUUUAUUUGUAUGCUGUUCCUUAGUUGGGCCCUGAACAGUGUACAAACACCUCCAAAUUUGAUCACAGGCAUACCGCGCUCAUGUCUUGAGAAAAAGCACAAGAGUAAUUCAUGACAGCCUCAUUUGCUGUGUGACGCGGUGUUAAAGGAUUCAAAUUCUCAACAGAGGAACUGUUGUGAAUUUGAAUGCGUUAUAAGGAAUAGUAUGAGGAAAGAAAUAUGGUGGAUUUACAACAUUAAAUAUUCCCAAAUAUGAACAUUUUACAUGCAAGAUUUAUAAUACUUACUCACUCCUUGUGUGUCCAUUGUGGUUUCUGGCAUUCUGUGCUGUUUUAAGCUUGCUUUACCAUCACUGUUAUUCCUGCUAUGAGAUGAAGCCAAGGCUGCACACUAUGAUUUUGACCAUUGUUCACACAGAGGCAGUUUGCACCCUGAAAAUCCUUCAAAUUGGCAAUUUUUCCAUCCAAAGUUUAAAAUCUCUGAUCACUGCAACAUGGAAAAUGACUCAAUUCUAAAAUUCCCUGUGCAUUACACUUAAAACAAGUGUUUCCCACCAGCAUUUCCAAUUCUGCCUCUUUCUGCCUAUUCUUUUGAUGUCAAGAGUGAACAUGGCUGUGGAAGAAGCUCAGGUCCAAGGUGAAUUUUAUCUAGAACAGAGGAGGUACUCUCAGUUUAUGCACCUUACUUACCUUGUGAUAUAUGGACACGAAACUGGUUGUAUCAUGCCUGGGUGAGAGAAAAUUGCAGAUUGGAAGGAUUCUCUUGGUGCAAACCACCUCCAUUUGAACAAUGGUCACAAUCGUAGUGUGCAACCUAUUAGUUGUUUGCUUUUUCUUGAGAUGUGAGCUCAGGAUACCUGUGAUUUGACAAUUAUGAACUGUCAGACUAACUUAAGUAUAUUAAUAUGAUACUUAGAGUCAAUUAAGAAUAUGCUUUUUCCCUCUCUUUCAUUGCAUGCACUCAUUUAGGACUUGGUGUAAGAUUUAAAACAUGUUUUAAAGCCAUGCAUUAUGUUUUACAUGCAUAUAGUUUUAAACGAUCAGUUUCAUGUCCAAUUUUGUGCAAGUGGCUAGCAAUUUGAAAACAAAUUCACUUGUGGUGACCAUGGUAAAGAUAAAAUUGAAGUAUGAAUUUCUCAUUCUUUAACAAAUAAGAUAGCCACAUGGAUAAGUUACCCAAAAUGUGUGUUCUACACAUUUUAUACUAAAGCAAAAGUAGGAUUAAUGUUACUUUGUGAAUGGAAAUGGUUGACUUGAUUGCGUACAAAGUAAUAUUAUUUCAGAAACAGUUAAAAUCAGGGUUUGCUAGCUUUGUUUAAUGUGACCUUUCACUUUUUGCUUUGUUUUACUAGUUGUGUGCAAUGCUUUCAGCCUUUUCCUGAUGGCUUGUUUUAUGAGGCAAGUUUUUGCUUGUUUUUGUUUUAUUUAAGAGAAUUUAUACACCUUGGCUUAAAAUAGAAACUUGAAAAAUAUAUGACUGCUUUCAUGUUAACCCUUUGAUGUUAUCAUCUAACUUCUCCUUACAAUAUCACCCCUGGAUCAAACAUUAAGGUCAUGAGAAUAAAGGAAAUGAUCAGCAACUAAAGAUACUCUUAAUUUGUUUGUCUGCACCCCAGGAAAUGUUUAGAGAACAGUAUGGAAAAUAUGCAUACUGAUUUUAGGGUGGAAAGGGGUAAAGAAGCUUAUCGGGUGUUAAAAACACAACAUGUAUUCUUAACAUCCAGCCAUGUAGGAUUGACAAUUUGGCAUGUUGAGGCAAUUUUUAAUGGUUGUUGGCCAAAAAGGAAGAAUUACAGUUCACCUUAAGCCACUAGGCUUUCUGUAACCUGUACUUAGACCCUCAGUUCAUGUAUGAAUUUAAAGCCGUCAGUCAGAAGAGAAUUAACUCAUUCUGAAAUCUCAUGGGCUAUGCUUUGUAUUUUAGUAUGAUGAGCGAAGAUAUUGUGAAGAAGACUUCCAGACUUUGUUUGCUCCUUGUUGCAAACAGUGUGGUAAGUGUGCCCAAUGUUUGCUGAACAGCUUUUUUCAUCUAAGGACCAUCCCAAUUACACAAGGUUAAGUCUGCACACAGUCAUAAAGUGGCCUAUACUACCAGAAUUGCAUUGUCUACAGCAUGAAGUAUAGCUGCUGCUUCUAGAUAAGAUACUUAUCAAAAUCUUGUCACUCUGAGAAUUUUGUUGAGUGGGAGACACAUUGGCCACACAGUUAAUCCUUUUACUCCCAGAUCAAAUUGUAAUUCUCCUUACUAUCAACCAUACAAUUCCUAUAAUGUUAGUUCAGAGAAUUUAGUAUUGGAUUAACAAAUUAUCCCCAAAUUAAUAUUUUUCUUUAUUUUCAUCACUUAUCUGGUUGAUAUUGUGCCAAUAUUGUGAGGACAAAUUCUGUCUUGGUCACUCAUGGGAGUGAAAGGGUUAGUGCACAGGACUCAAGGUUGAGAGGUCUAAAUUUAUGAGAACUGAGGGUAGACUAUGAACCUGGAUACUCCCAAGGUUGUCCAACUUUUUAAUGACCCAUAUUCAAAGUACACCAUCAAGUAAGAAAACAGCAAGAUUGAAAAAGAUUUCCAAUUUGAUGAUAAUGUCUGGAUUUAAAACCAAAUUCUCAAAAAUAUUCUUCAAAGCUAGGUAUUUUUAUCAGUCUGGAGAGUCUACCUUUCACAUCGCAGAGGUGAUGGGGUGAAAUUUUUUAAGACUCAGUUACUGAACACCCUAACAUUUAGAUUUCCCUUGUAGGUAAAUUUGUGGUUGGGCGUGUUAUUAAGGCUAUGCAAGCUAACUGGCAUCCUGAUUGCUUCCGUUGUGAAAUCUGUAAUGAUGGACUGGCAGACUCUGGGUUUGUCAAAAACGCAGGCAGGUGAGUUUAAAGAGUGCAAAUAUUUCUCACACAUAAAUUUAAUCUUUCAAUCCCCAGAAGUGAUAACAAUUGACUUCUCUCUGAUAAUAUCCACACACUGUUCAGCAAACAGGUACUGAGAAUACUCAAACUUAUCAGGUAAAAGUUGUCAUCAUGGUCUAAUACCAAGUUCUUGUAAGUAAUUUUCAAGGGGAGAAUUAACAAUCAGAUCUCGGGAAUUUGAGGGGUGUAUGGAAAAAGAGGUGUAAAAAAGGUAUAAUUCAUUAGUAAAGAUGGUAAAAAAAAAAUUGUAAAUCAUUUUAAUCAAAAAAUUCCUUUUCAUGGUAUUUACAAGAUACUGUGAAUGAAAACCAUUUUUUUUUUGUGCAUGUUAAUUCAAGGAAGUGUGGCCAAAAUCAACCAAAUGAAAACAAGUAGAGGAGGGUAUUUGUCAUAUCAAAACAAGUCAGAAAGCCACAAAGUAGCUCUAUCAUGCAAAAAAAGAAAAUUACGUCAAGAUGGGAUACAUGCCCUAUUGAAUGACAGCCUAAGAAUUUAGACGUUAAAAAUGUUUGUCUUUUAGCUUUCAGUGUGAUAAGUCUUAAACACCUCUUUCACAUAUCAACUCUUUACACCCCAAUAUCAGUAUGCAAGUUCUCCAUGCUGUUCUCUAUUCAUUUCUUAUAGUAUUUAUAAGGAGAAUUUGUCAAACAAUCAAGAGCUUCUUUGAGUUUGCAAUCAUUUCAUACAUUCUCAUGACCUUAAUUUCUGAUUCAGGGGUGAGACUGUUAGGAGAAAUACCAGUAGGGGGGGUUAAAGAGGUAAAUUUUUUAAUUUACAUCAAGCCAAUACUAUUUCCUGUACUGUAGGGCACUGUGCAAGAAAUGUAAUGCAGAUGAAAAGACUAAAAGUAAGAAAAUACUUAUAAUGGUGUGUUAUAAUGGUGUGCAUGUUUUUUGACCUUCCUUGAGAAUUUAAAGUAAACUUUGUUUGCAGGGUAUUAUACCAAGUACUUUGCCAUUUUUUACCCUUGAAGAAUAAUUGUAAUGAAAAUUGUUAUGUAUGUUUAAUUAAUUUUUUUAUUUCAUUGACAUUUCUUUUAUUAUAACUUACUUAUAAAGUGAAAAAAAAAUUGUUUUCUCCAGAAACGGGACGAUACGUGUGCCGCAAGUGUCAGUAAGUAUACAGUGAAUUGUUGAUGGUUUGUUCAUCCACUCUGUUUCCGUUUUUCUUUCGUGCCCACAUGUACUCGGAACUGAGAGAUAUAAUAAUGUAUUUGAAGACACUAAAACUGUUUCUGUGGUCAAUAGUACUUACAUUCCUGAAGGACAGCAUUUGAUGUACAUGGGUGAGCCUGUGCAUCCUUGGCAUUACAACUGCUUCUCAUGCAAGUAAGAUAUUGAUUGUUUUUUUUUUUUUUUUCAUAUGUAGAACUUUUAAAUGGAGUGUUGAAAGUAAUCCAGGAUUGCUUCAAAUGGUUUUGCUUUACAUCACUUUUUGACUGGUCUAGAAAGUUAUGCCAUCCUCUCAACCAAACAGAUUAUAAAAACUAAAAUAAUUUGUGACCUGGUCCCUUGUGUUUUCCUGGGCUUCAAGCAGUUUUCUUGUAGUUACUUUGUGUUCUUGUCAACCCUUUGGUUUUGGUUUUGUGACAAUCAAUCAGAAAUUCCCCUUUUUGCAUCACUCUAAAGUGACUCUUGUGUUCUCCCUUAUUUUGAGCACGACAAGUAAAGGAAAUUUUCAAACCGAUAGAACAAUCCUUUUACCUGUUGAAUUUUUAAAGCAAUUUUAAGCUGUAGUAAGAGGUGCUACAGAAAGUAAAUUUGACAUGUUACCAACUGAAAAGGAUAACACUGGUGACUUAACAAUGGUGUAACUAAUGACUUUCAAGAUAAUUACUAUAUCAUUUUUUUUAAUUAGUAUUCAAACUUAGAAUUCAAAAGAUGGAAAUUAUUUCUUGAUAAUAGUUUUAAGGAAUUUUCUGCAAGUGAGGAAACACCUUUGAAAAGCUUCUUUUCCCCAUUUUUUUUCUUAAUGAUCUUUCCAGCAAAGAGCUGGACCAUCUAUGUCGCAAGCGAGACACAGAGUUGUACUGUUUGAGAUGCCAUGACAAAAUGGGGACACCAAUCUGUGGUGCUUGUAGGUAAGUAUACAUGAAAUGCAAGUCACCUUCAAGUUAAUUUUCAAUUUGAGUAUAAUAGUCCACCUACAGGUGAAUAUCAAGAAUUAUUAUUCCACGAUAAUGGCAUUUUACCAUAUUAGGGCAUUGGAACAGGCAAAACAUGCUUUAGGAUUAGGAUAGCAAGAAAGCACAGUAACAAAAUUGGACCAAUGAACAACCCAAAUCACCCUACAAAUUUCCUUGUCCUUGUAAAUAAAUUACAAAAAUUUUAUUGUCUGAUCAAGAUAACCCUUGCUUGUAAGUUUGAGUAUUCUCAUCACCUGUUUGCUGGAUAAUCAAAUGUAUGGAUAUCAUAUGGCAAAGUUGUAUUUUAAUCACUUCUGAGAGUUAAAGGGUUAACUGUUGAUAUGAAAAUUGUUUCUAAAAUAAUUAUUGGUGACACAUUUUUCAUCUCAGGCGGCCUGUUGAGGAGCGUGUGGUACAUGCCCUUGGAAAAGCAUGGCAUGUUGAGGUAAACAAACUCUUAAGAUUUUCAGCCAUAUAUAUGACCAAGGGAUCAAAAUUAUUCUUGUUAUAUCACUUGGAUUUUCAUAGUAUCCUGUGGUACAUGUAAGAGUGACAUUUGUUUGUUUGUCGGUUAUAGUCCAAUUUAUUCUCUGGAAAAGUAAAGUUUUGAGAGAGGUGAAAUUUGUGGAUGCUAAGUGAGAAUUUUUUUUUUUUUACAAGCAUUUUGUGUGUGCUAAGUGUGAGAAGCCUUUCUAUGGACAUCGUUACUAUGAAAGGAAGGGACUGGCCUACUGUGAAACUCACUACAAUGAGGUGGGUGGAAAAUAAAUUGAUCACUUUUUUUUUUCUUUUUUUUUUAAGUUUUUAACUUAAACAUGCAGUUGCCUCACUUGCUCUUGUUCAAUAUAACUGAAUCAUUACAAAGCUCAUUAAUUUUCAACUUGGUAAUACACUCACUAGUUCCAGGAUAGUGUAUUAAUUGAAUAGGUUUAAUCUUUUGACAACCUAAUGAUGUUAUGAGAUUCAGAUAUCCUCAUUUUCCUGUUUCUUUUGCAGCUGUUUGGUGAUGUAUGCUUUGAAUGCAACAAAGCUAUUGUUGGAGAUGGUGAGGAACAAUAACAAUGGAAAUAAGGAUAAUAAUAAUAUUAAUAAUAAUGAAGAUGAUGAUGGGAAAGAUGAUGAUAAUGAUAAUAGAAAUAAUUACUAUAAUAAUAUUACCAUUAUCAAUAUCAUAAUGAUGUUUUUUUAAUUCAGUCUGAGGCCGACUUCAAUACUUAACAACAGAACCUAUAAUCAAUGACUGCAAAUAUAUGAAAACCAUGUGUGAACUGCAGUUUAAGAAAUGAAUAUCAAAGCAGUAAUGAACACUAUUUAGGCAGUAGUGAAAAUAAGGCCUGAAAAAAAAAUUCAGGCCUCUAUGAGGUAUAAUGUUUAUAAAGCUUUAGGUUCUGUUGUUAAGUAUUGAAGUUGCCCUCAGACUGAAUCAACCAAAGCAUUAUCCUUCCAGAAAGAGAGAUAAAAUACAUUGAGAUUUGGGGAAUUCUGUUGUAGUGCUAAGGUGAAACUCUCUUGGUAACAGCCAUUUUGCUCUGAAAUUAGGUUGUUGUUACAGCCACCAAAACAAAAUGAUGAACAGCAAAUUUUCAACUUUAACCUUAAGCUCUCACACCCCAGGCAGGGAUCUUGUUUGUGGAUUGAAAAAAUUGUUCUCAUGCCAGCUAACACAAACUAACCAAAAUGAACUGUUAGUGACAAUAUAUGUUUUUGCAGAGUAUUUUAAUUUAAAAUUCAUGUUAGUGAAUUUGUUUCUUUAUUAUGCAGUGGUAAAUGCCCUUCACAAGUGCUGGUGUGUUCAGCAUUUCACUUGCAUUGGAUGCAACAUCUCUUUAAAUCUCAAGUGAGUAAUUGCUGGCUUUUUUUUGCACUACUGGACUAUAAUUGUUUCAAGUGCCUUUCUAUCUCAUCACAACUCUCCUUGCUCUGACCUUGCAUGUACCACAUCACCUAUUUAAAUUUUAUGAGUUUAAAAGCCGCAAGAAAUCUUGAUUUCAAGAGGGAUGGCAUUGCUUGAAGUUGUCAAUUUUCCACAUGUUCAGAUAAUCCCUUUUUUCUUGGCAGGAGCAAAUUUCAUGAAUUUGACAUGCAGCCACUGUGCAAGAAGUGCUAUGAAAAGAUGCCUCUUGAGCUCAAGAAGAGAUUGAAAAAAGCAGAGCAGACAGCUAGCAGAAAGUAG